GCUCAAGAACGGACAAAUACGUGGUGCAGAAAGUCCCUGGAGGAAGUACACUGAGUGGAUUCAGCAGGAACUACAGUGGCUACAGCUUCAGAAAAGGGCGUACCUUUUGGAGAGAGGUGCAGAAAAGAGGAAAUUAAAGGACCAAAUAACAAAGGCUUGAGAUAGUCACUGAAGCAAACACAAGGAAAAAGAACUUGAGAAAAUAAGAAGGGAGAAAAAACGUUAUCUUGUCUUGAAACACAGGGAGAGAAAAUAUAAAAAAGGACUGCGUGGUUGCACCAUGGCAUCUUUUGGACUUGAGCUGGCCGGCAUCACCCUGGCAGUGUUGGGGUGGGCUCUCACUGUGACCAGCUGUGCCCUUCCAAUGUGGAGGGUCUCGGCCUUUAUUGGCGCCAACAUCGUCACUGCUCAGGUGUACUGGGAGGGUCUGUGGAUGAGCUGUGUGGUCCAGAGCACGGGCCAGAUGCAAUGUAAAAUCUACGACUCGAUGCUGGCUUUACCUCAGGACCUCCAGGCUGCCAGGGCACUCACAGUUGUUGCCAUCCUAGUGGGGUUGAUUGCUCUCCUCAUUGCCAUGGUGGGAGCCAAGUGCACCAACUGCAUCGAGGAGGAUGGGGUUAAAGCCAAGGUGAUGAUCUCUUCUGGAGUGGCGUUCAUCAUAGCAGGUCUGGCUCAACUAGUGCCUGUUUCCUGGUCAGCAAACACCAUUGUCGUCGAGUUCUACAGUCCAAUCAUCCCUGCUGGGCAGAAGAUGGAGAUCGGGGCAUCACUAGCGAACAUGUCGAUGGGUUUGGAGAUCGUGGGCAUUGCCUUUGGAGUCAUUGGUUUUCUUAUAGCCAUAUUAACAUGUGCCCUACCAAUGUGGAAGGUGAGUGCAUUUGUCGGAGCUAACAUUGUCACUGCUCAGAUCAUCCAGGAGGGUUUGUGGAUGAGCUGUGUUGUCCAGAGCACAGGUCAAAUGCAGUGCAAGGUCUACGACUCGCUGCUGGCCUUGUCUCCGGAACUGCAGGCGUCCAGAGCAAUGAUGGUUAUUGCCAUUAUACUCGGAGUGCUGGGCGUCAUGAUCUCCAUAGUCGGUGCCAAGUGCACCAACUGCAUUGAAGAGGAAGGAAGCAAAGCCAAAGUGAUGAUCAUUGCUGGAGUCUUCUUCAUCCUCAGUGGCCUCUUGGUUCUCAUCCCUGUUUCUUGGACUGCCCAAGUUAUCAUCACUGAUUUUUACAACCCUCUUGUGAUCAGCGCUCAAAGGAGGGAGAUAGGGGCGUCGCUCUACAUAGGCUGGGCUGCAGCCGGAGUGUUCCUGAUCGGAGGGGCGAUGUUGUGCACUAGCUGCCCACCAAAAGAAAAGAAAUAUCUGCCACCCAGGAUGGGGUACUCGGCCCCACGCAGCAUUAGUGCAGGUGGAGGAUAUGACAAGAAAGACUACGUCUGAAUUAAUGCUGAAGGAUGGAAGGAAAAUUAUUUUUGUGUGUGAGUUUUUGUCUGUAUGCAUGUUACUUUUUUUUACCGGAAACCACAGCGUGAAUCCGACUGAAAGACUCCGAGAUGAAGAUGUUGUAGAAAUAUUAAUCUUCUGCUUUGCUUUUAGCUGAUAUGUUUAUUCACAUCCUUUUGUUUUGCUUAAAAAAAAGACUUAGAUUUUUCAGUGCUUUAACAUGGGAGCUUAAACAAAUAACUUUAUUCUUUUAAGAUUUUUAACUGGGAAAAUAUUUCUACUAAAUUCUUGGCAUUAUGUGAAUUUGAAAACACCUGUGUGUCGUCCUCUUAUUAGCUCUUGGCUGGUUGCGUGGUGUUGUGUUUCACUGAAACCUGCUGUUAAAAUGUGAUCUGUCAUUUCACUGACAAUGACCAGGAAGAGUCAGCUCUCAUUUUACAUGCAUUUGGUUGGUGUGAUUGUUCAGUGUGUUCGUGUGUGCGUGUGUUUUGCAUGACCUGUAAUAUUUGCUUAAGAGAGUUUCUGCUGAGACUGAAACUACAGAUAGAUCCAAUACUGCCCCAGGUGAAACUUUGUCUUCCUUUUCACAGUUUCACUGUGUGUGCAAAUAGAAAAGAGUUUUUCAUGUAAGGAUAACUUUAUUUCAAAUGUCUGUAUAUUCAUGUGUUUAAAAUUUAUUUCAAAAUGUUCAAAUAUUCAAAUAUGUUCUACACUAUGCUCCUUUCUUUUAUUUUUUUUAUUUUCUGGAAGUUGACAAUGAGCGUUAGUCACAAUUUUUUCUCAAUGAUUUUUUAAAGUUUUUGAAUAGAUUAUAACCUAUGUCUGGUCCAUUUUGUUAAGCAUAUAACCAAGGACCUCUUUAGUGUAUAUUUAUGUGUGCGUGAUGCUCCAAGGAUCCCAUUUUUAGACCCUUUUAAAAAGUAUGUAACCAAGAUCCUCUUAGUAUAUUUAUGUUUGUAACACCACAGCAGUUUGCAAAGUACAUAUGUAUUUGUAUUUCACAGAUACUGGUUGGUUUUCUUUGUGUAUUUGCUUGGUUGGUUUGUGCAAUUCGUGUGUGUGUGUGUGUGUGUGUGUGUGUGUGUGUGUGUGUGUGUUUAUAAUUUCUUCAUUUCUUAAGUGAGUGAAAUUGUUCAAAUAUGUGUCUAUGCUUAAUUUGCUGUUCUAUAUUGCCAUUGUAAAUUCAAAUGUGUUCAAAUUAACAAAAUAAUAGUAAUACUACUGCUAAUAAUAAUAGUUUUAAUAAAAUUCUUCUUAGCUAAAGCAACA